AUGAAGAGAUACAUUACCUUUAUGAUUGCUUCGCAGGCCUUGAGCCAGGUGGUGCGACCCGGGGGAACAUUGGGAAGGUCUGAGCCGUCAUUAGACGAUCGUUCAUUAGAGAUUUAUCGAGAAGCUAUGCGCGCGCCAAAUGCCACACGUUCUAUCACCUUGAAACCCUGGGAAUGGGCACGUGGGAAUGAUCCACGACUUGCCAGACAAGAGUGGACGUGGCGUGUUAACGUUACCGACAUUUCGCUCCCGCACCUCGCGUCUAGGUUCCCAUCGAUCAGCAACCCGCAUUUUGUUAGCACCACCUACGACUUUACUUGGCUGGGUGGCGGAAACAUAUCAAGGACACUUGGUGGGUCAACGUCCCCCUUCUGCAUCACCACGGUAGACACGGUGUUUCCGCCAAACAUCACAAACCUAUACAACGAAAGCAACACGCACACAUCCGACUGUGAGGCCGUCCUAGGAAGUGACUGCCGCUCAAAACUCGACACCGAUGGUAACAAUCUGAGAGCGGGUCGCUGUGGGAGUCCCAGAACUAUAUGGAGCAAGAUCCCAGAGUGUAGCGCGACGUUUGGCUACGCUUUACAGCCCGAGUUUGACACUUAUUCACCCUUUGGGCUUUCUACGUUCAACAUCAACGGGCAGCCUGGGAAUAACACCCGAAACGAUACCGAAUCAUUCAUGAGCGGGGACGGCUUUUUCGAAAUGAACACAGGAAUAAUCAAUGGGUCUGAAGCUGCUGCAGCGUAUCACAACGCCACGCAUAACCUGCAGCUUUUCAUGUUCAAUACCUGGAUCGACAUUGUGAACGGCCAAAUUAGCAGGCCAAAUGUGCUCUGUAUGAGAGUGAACGCGACAACAGUUAGUUCUGUUGCCGCCAAUCCAGAAUAUACGAUAUGGGGAUUUGGCAUUGUCAUAUUCACCAUUCUCAGUUUGGUUUUCUAA